AUGAAGGAAUCCAGCCUGUACCGAUUCAAGGACAUCAAGCCGGUGGUGAACGCGAAGGAGCUGGUAGACGUGGUGCUCUCAAGGACGCAGAGGAAAACACCGACAGAAAUACACAAGGGAUUCAAAAUAACCAGAAUUAGAAACUUCUACAUGAGGAAGGUUAAAAUGUGCCAAGAGCUCUUCCGAGAGAAAUUGCAGACCACAAUAAAUGAUUUCCCCAAAUUGGACGAUAUCCAUCCGUUCUACUCCGACCUGGCAAACAUCCUGUACGAUAGGGAUCACUACAAGUUGGCCCUGGGACAAUGCAGCUAUGUAGUAAAAUCAGUAAAGCGCAUCUGCCAGGACUAUAUCAAAUUAUUGAAGUUCAGUUCAUCUCUGUACAAAUGCAAGAUGCUAAAAAUCAGUGCGCUAGGACGUAUGUGUAAAAUGGUGAAAAAAUUACAGCCCAGUUUAGUUUACCUGGAAGAAGUGAGACAGAACUUAACCCGGCUCCCAUCCAUAAACCCUCAUAAGAAGACCAUUCUCCUAGCUGGUGCUCCGAAUGUGGGAAAGUCUUCAUUUAUUAAUAUCGUCUCUCGAGCUAAUGUGGAGGUCCAGCCUUAUUCCUUCACCACGACCAAUUUGUAUGUCGGCCAUUUUGAUUAUAACCUGAACCGAUUCCAAGUUAUCGACACACCAGGAUUGCUUGACCGAUCUUUGGAAAAUAGAAAUACCAUCGAGAUGACGACCAUCACUGCACUGGCUCACAUUAACGGAGUUAUCCUUUUUAUUAUCGACAUAAGUGAGGAAUGCGGUAUGUCCAUUAGGGAACAGGUCAAUCUUUUUCACUCAAUUAGGACUCUCUUUCGGAACAAGUCAGUCGUAAUCGGGUUCAACAAAAUAGACAAGACGAAUCUGGAUGGUCUUUCUGUCGAUAAUAAAAUGCUCAUCAAACAGAUUAUCGAUGAUUCGAAGGUGCCCGUGAAGUUUUGCUCCUUCAGUACACUCACUGGGGUAGGGGUGGAGGAAGCAAAAGGGGUUGCUUGCGAUAUGCUGAAAAGUGACCAGGCUGCUGAGUUCCAGCUGGAUCGUGAAAAUUUACUCAACGCCAAGUUGCGUGAGCGCAGGGUCAACGAGCAGCGCGCGCCUUUCAUUCCGGAGUCCGUCAUCCGGGAACGCCAGGAGAGGAGGCAGCGGGGGGAGGAAAAACAGGGCACAGCUGCAGUGGCUACAAGCGAGGGUAACAUGGCAGACGCCGCGAAAGUGGUUGACGUGGACGGCAAUACCAUCGCCGACCAGAGCGCCGCUAACGAGAGCACCCCCCUCACGAUGCGCGAAGCGAAGCUGAAGAAGAAGAACAAGUCCAGGCAGAGUUACCUGAGCAACCGCAAAGACGACCGCGUCCUGCAAAUCGAUCUGCAAAACGAGCGCGGAGGCGCGGGGGUCUACUCUGUCGAUGUCAGAAGCGUGUACGACAUAAAGGAGGAGCACAAAUAUGAUGUGAUCCCCGAAAUAUACAAUGGAAAAAAUAUCAGCGAUUUUGUAGACUUGGACAUAGAACAGAAAUUACUCGAGUUGGAAAAGGAAGAGCAGGAAAUGUUCGAUCAAGACGCAGAGAUCGAUCCCAUGUGGUUUAAGACGAAAAGGAUUUUGGAGCGCAUGGCUCUAAGACUAAAGGGACUCAAACUCAGUGCCAAAUUAAAUGAGGAGAAGCAACCACUGUAUCAUAAAAAAAACAAAACUAUUGAAGAGAUGGGCAAAAAAUUGGAUAGCCUGAAAUUGGACAAGGAAAAGAUACUCAGGAGUAUGACCGAGCGGGCCAGAAGAAAGGGCACACUAAAGGGAGCAGCAAGGAAUAAUGGCACGUCCAAGAGAUCUUCGAAAACCCUCCUAAACGUGGAGAAAGUGAAAAAGGACAUUUUCAAGAAGAAGCAAAUUAAGGAUAAAGUCUAUGGAGACCCAACGAAGAAGUCCAAGAUUUUCCAGAGCACAUCCACUGAGUUGCAGAGGAGAAAGGCGUACAAGCUGAACAAAGCUGCGUACAGGAAGAUCCAAAAGGGAACGAAAGGGGAGGCGGACCGCUCCAUCCCCGCGAAGAAGCCACGACACUUGUUUUCGGGCAAGAGGUCCAUAGGUAAGACCUCUAGGCGCUGA